AUGAACGAACCUCGAAGAAUGUUCACCUUCACGAGCCAUCUCUCGCACAGCGACAUCUCCCAGGUAUCAUUACGGACUGAUCCAGCUACAGAAACGCCCAUACUCCACGCGACCGCAGAAGCCCGUGCCAAGGGCUACGACGCAGUAUGCUUCCCUCUCACGAACGACAUAUGGAAGAUGCGAUGGAGAGACCUCUGUCUCCUUCCACCGGGCGACAUACAGGACAAGGAAGCCCUCGAACGGCGUGCCGAAACAUGGAGGUCGAAGCCAGCGUUCAUGCGCGAUGAAGUGACCAUUACUCGUAUAGACGAGGCGGAGGGGGUGGUCGUAAUGAUGUCGGACUGGCUGGAACUUGAUGCUCCCGACGACUGGGUUCGUCACGACUCCGAGAUUGCACUGCAACAGGAACUGGCGUACGCGUCCUACCUCAACGUCCACACUGCGAUCCUCCCGCCCCCGCGCCAUCGCGCACACUUAGCGUCCUACGCCCGCACAGUGAAUACCUGCAUCAAUGCGAUACCCUACAUUCAGCUCUCCAUUCGUAUCCCGAUCUACAAUCCUAUGGAGCUGCAAUUCCAGUCGACGACGACCGACCUGUCUACGGCGGACACUUCAUCAUCAUUACUGUCAUCCACCGAACCCUCAACUGCGACUUGGGAGAUGUGGGACACAAUUCGCUCCGUUUGCGGUUAUAACCCGCGCUUGACUCUGACCCUUGACAUGACACCACCCAUGCCGUCGGUCUUGACAGUGCUUGGCCAGUGGUCAGCGGAGCCCGUGCGACACAUCUUCUUACCUGCGUCUACGUUUAUUGCGAACGCGAAGGGGUACCCCGUGCUCCCGAAGGGCGCACAGUCUUUUAUUCGCGACAUCUUGAAGCUGCAACCGAAUGUUAUCUUGUCGGGGACGUCUACUGGUAGACACGAGAGGGGAGGGGAGGCUGCAUAUUCUCAGUACGUCCGACAUUUAGAGAAGACCAGCCCUUUGGUACAGGCCGCACAGACUUCCGGUACAGUGGAGAAUUUCGCUCAGGGUUACCAAGACUAUCUACAAGCGCCGUUACAGCCUUUGAUGGAUAACCUGCAAAGCGUGACGUACAACACCUUCGAGCAAGAUCCCGUCAAGUACAAACAAUACGAACAGGCAAUUUUCUCGGCAUUAUCCGAUUGGCGAUCUCGCGAGAAAAUUGUGAUAUGUGUAGCCGGAGCUGGCCGUGGACCGCUUGUCGCGAGAUGUGUCGCUGCGCUCAAGCGAGCGCGGAGAGACGCAUACAUUUAUGCGAUUGAGAAGAACCCGAACGCUUAUGUCACCUUGCAGGAACGGAGGCAGAGAGAAUGGGGUGACAAAGUGCAGCUUGUUUUCGGAGACAUGCGCUCGGUAGAGGUCCCCCCAGUGGAUAUCCUCGUCAGCGAGCUAUUGGGCUCAUUCGGCGAUAAUGAGCUCAGUCCAGAAUGCUUGGACGGUGCUAUGCGGUUUUUGAAAGCGGAUGGCAUCUCGAUACCUGCUUCAUAUACCGCUCAUAUUGCACCUCUUUCAUCUUCCAAGCUCUUCCAUGAGACGCGGGUUGGCCAUGAAGAAAAGGCUACUGAGACUCCGUAUGUUGUCAUGUUCCAAGCCAUCAACAUCCUAAGCGGGAACGGCGGCGGGAUCAGCGGCAAAUGUGGACCGCAAGUACAAGAAUGCUGGGAGUUCGAGCAUCCCAGGCGGGACGUUGUCCUCGAUGAGCGCGGUCUACCGUUUACAAAUUCUCAUAACAUAAGGUCCGCGCAGCUGACUUUCCACAUACCGCAUGCAGGGGUCCUCCAUGGGCUAGCGGGCUACUUCGAAGCGAUCCUCUAUAGGAACAUUGGUCUCAGUAUCCAUCCGGACCGGAUGCAUCACGUAUCCAAAGAUAUGCUCAGUUGGUUUCCUAUUUUCUUUCCCUUCAAGGAGCCGCUCUAUUUGCCAACCAACUCCGAGCUGCACGUCUCAAUCUGGCGCCUCACGAACGAACGGCAGGUCUGGUACGAGUGGUACGCUGAAGCCUUCUUGCCGAUGCCCGGCACUUCGUCAGCGCCUAGAUAUUCACCUAUGUCUGAUCGGUUGGAUUCCGAGUCGACACCCAUACUUUCUCCUAGUCCGCUCGUGGAUGCAGUCGAUAUUCCCGUGAUUGUGGAGGAGGCGGACGAAGUGAAGAGCACGGCGGGUGCGACGGGGGGCAGCGGCAGCAGCGUGGACUUAAUAAAAAUUGGACAAACGUCGCUGCACAAUCCUCGGGGGAGAAGUAGCUGGAUUGGCCUGUAG